AUGAAGGCGUCGUUGUCGUUGGUUAGUCAUGUUGGAAGAAUCCUUCCAAGACGAAUGGCAGGUACUGGCCUUAUGGUACACCGGGACUCAGAUCACAACAACCCAAAGGUGAAGUUUGAAUUCAACGAGGAAAACAAGAAAAAACUGGACACUAUUAUUUCCAACUAUCCGGAGGGAUAUAAGGCCGCUGCGCUGAUUCCUGCUUUGGACCUUGCUCAACGUCAACAUGGAUGGCUUCCAAUUUCAGCAAUGCACGAGGUCGCACGAAUUCUCGAUGUCCCACGAAUGCGUGCGUAUGAAGUAGCAACUUUUUAUACCAUGUAUCCAUGUUGGGGAGACCACGAAGGAUGGCUUGUUCACGUUGGCGGAAGUGGAGUGCUUGGGAGCUUGCGUAAACGCUCCUAUGAUGCAGGCGAGUUAGCGAUUAACGAUGAUUUCUAUGAAGAUCUCACCGUUCAAGACGUGAAUGAUAUUUUGACUGACUUGAAAGAAGGUCGUCGUCCACAGCCAGGACCUCGUUCCGGACGCCUAGCUGCUGAGCCGAUGGGAAAACUGACAUCUUUAACGGAAGAGCCAAAAGGACCUGGUUUCGGACUCCAAGCCGCACUCAAAUAG